AUGGCGGCGGCCGGAGGGAGCGAGGAGCCUGACGGCCCGAGUACAGAAGAGUUUGUGUAUGGGGAGGAGGACUUCAUCCUGCCGGGAACCGGCUGGGAGGGCGAGCCAGGCUCCGCGCCGUCUCGCUUCGACCGGGCGCUCCUGGAGAGCUGGGACGACAGGAUGGAGCGGGGCUUAUUCCGAUACCGGCUGGGCCAGGUGCCCACCCGCGUCCUGCCCGGGCCCCUGCGCCUGGUGGCCCAGCUGAAUGUCCAGCGCGGCACCGAGCGCCGCCCGCCGCAGCCCGUCUGCAGCCUCCGGCAGCCCUUCGACCCCGCCGCCUUCAACUUCACCCGGCUGCGCCCGGGAGAGUUGCUGCUCCGCUUGCGCAGGGCGGCCAGCGACGGAGACCGGGGCUGUCCCGGUGAGCCGGUCCCGCUGUUGGUGGCCAUCAACGCCAGCCCGCUGGAGCGGGGCCACGUACUGCUGCUGCCGGAGCCGAGCCGCGGGCUGCCGCAGGCCCUCACAGGACCGGCGCUGCUCGGCGGGCUGGAGGCGGCGCUGCUCAGCGCCCACCCUGGCUUCCGCCUAGGCUUCAACGGGCUGGGUGGCUGUGCCUCGGUCAACCACCUGCACCUGCACGGCCUCUAUGUGAGCCGCCCGCUGCCGGUGGAGGCCGCGCCUGCCCAGGUCCUUUGCCCGCGCCACCGCCUCUGGCUCCUUCUGCGCGGCGUGCCGGCGCCCGCCUUCCUCUUCUACGCCGCCGGCUCCGCCGACCUGGAGGCAGUGUCCCGGGACGUGUGCCGGGCGGCAGAGCACAUCACUGACACCGGCCUGGCCUACAACGUCUUCAUCACGCGAGGCGAGCCCCCGGAGGGGGCCGGGGCCAGGCGGGGGCUGCGGGUGCUGCUGUGGGCCCGCAGGCCUAGCUUCGGUACCAAAGCGAGCGAGGACUUCAACGUGGCGCUGUGCGAGUUGGCGGGGCACCUGCCGUUACCGGUGGAACCGCUCUAUCGGGACAUCACCGAGGAGGAGGCCCUGCGCGCCAUCCGUGCGCACCUCCUCCCGGAACCGGAGCUGCUGCGCCUGGGCGAGGACCUGGCGCGGCUGUUGGCGGGCUGA